AUGUCUUCUAAUGUCAAGUUUGAUAUUAAGCUUUUACUCAAACAUUGGUAUACUGAUCCAAUGCAAGCAUCUAAAUAUUCUAUAAUUAGAGAUACUGCUACUGCAGAAUUUAAUAUAAAUGAAAAAUAUGCAUACAGUUUUGGCAUAGCAAAAAGUGAAUUAAAAUUUGCUCUUAAAAAUGAACUAGUUAAUGAAUUUGUAGAAAUAAUUGUAAAAUUUAUUGAAGAUUAUACUAAGAUUAAUACUAAUAAACAGAUGAUGAUCAAUAUCAGUCAAAUUGAAAAUUCCAAAAAAUUAAAGCAUAAAGAUAAAAUGUAA